AUGUCUGGUGUGGAUAGAAAAGUCGAAUUGGCUAGAAAGAAAGCCAAACUAGCUGCUCUAAGAGAAGAGAGGCUUAGAAAGGAAGAAAAACACAAUAAAGCCCUUCCUUCUUCAUUUAGUAUACCGACUGUUGAUGCUAUAUCAGUUGAUGGAAUUCUCAGAGAACUGGGUGUUGUCAGUAACAUUGAAACGAAUGGGAGGAUGGAUCAGGACGAACUUGAAAAAUCGGCUAGCUCGGUUGUCUCAACUUCCAUUUCUGACACAGUGGAAAGACGACCCCAGUCAAAAUUAUCUUUGUCGAAGGUUUUUCAGUGCUCCGUAGAUUCGCAAGAACCCAUCACUUAUUCAAAGCAGGUCCAAACCGACCCAGAAAAUCUUCCCAAGGUGAAUUGUAAGCCCCUGUCCACAUAUCACUCACCACUUGUACCAGCUCCCAAUAUAGAAAGGUGGAACGAAGAUGCUUCACGCACGUUUCUCGGAUUGCAGAGUUUUGAAUGGGACGAUGAAAUAGGAGCUAAUCCCUACAACGAAAAUGAUUCACAUCUGUCCGAGGUGACCCAAUUUAUAAGGAACCUUGAACUUAACAAGUCCGUUCGAUUUAACCACCCUGAAACUCCUGUGAAGUCUGCACCACUGCGUGAAUUAACGGAGGAGGAGAAGCAGGCAGCCAUGGAGACAGAAUCAUUUCAUGAAUUCUUUUCCCGCACUUCGCGGAUCAUUCAACGUGCUCUGGAAGAGCCUAAUGACAUCUUUUUCGACUACAGUGGUGCCGAACGAGAGGAGGAUGCACAGGGAAAACAUCAGCUGGUGAAAUACAUCGGCGACUUUUAUGAUAAGACCUACGUAUCGGGUGGGGGACGAGGCUCCGUGGUGGCUUUGGACUGGUCUGCAGUGCACCCAGAGCUCCUCUUAGCCGCCUAUCAAGCCCAGGCUCGCGAGGGCAGUGGCGUUGGUGAUGGCAAUGGAGUUGACGAGGGUGGAAUUGAAUGCUCAUGUUGUUGUAUUUGGAAUUUAAAGUAUCGACAGACGGCCCCUGAGUACGUCUUCACCUACCGAGUUGACAUCACCGCGGCAACACUGACUGAGUUUCAUCCCUCCUUAGUGAUUGGAGGCACGAGGGGUGGACAAAUUGUCUUAUGGGAUAGCAGGGUGAAUCGUCGAACCCCGGUGCAGAUGACGCACCUGGCGGGCGAUGGAGCCGCGCACGUCGAGGCGAUAUGCGGCCUUGUAGUUUCGGGCAGUCGCAACGCCAAUAGCCUCGUUAGCGUCUCCUCUGAGGGCCGCCUCUGCUCCUGGGCCCUCGAUAUGCUCGGUGCACCUAUCCAAACCCUCGAUCUCACACCCUCCGUCAUCAAUUCCACUUCCUCCGGGGGUGUGAAGCGCUCCUCCAAUCCUAUUACACCCACCUGUCUUGCUUUUCUGCCCGGUCUCGAUGCCAGUCGGUUUCUAGUUUGUUCACAGGAUGGCUCGGUGUAUGUUGGCUCCCGUCAUGGAAAGAACGCGGGCUUGACGGCUCAAUUUGAGGGCCACAAGGCGCCAGUGACGGGCGUGUCGGUUUUAGCGAGUGCAGAGGUAGCGGUGAUCGCUGAGGACGUUGCAGUACCCAUGACAAACGGGGGCGAAGGUCCCCUUUUCGUCACCACUGGCAUGGACUGUAGCAUGCGACUUUGGAGCGUCCGUGAGUCGCCCGCCUAUCCUCUGUUGUCCUACGAGGAUCGCAAUGACUACUUUGUUGGUUGUGACGCUUCUCCUAUUCAUCCUGGGCUCUUUGCUACUAUGGAUUUGUCUGGGUGUCUGGACUUUUGGUCCCUCAACUCUGACCAUGAGGUUCCCACGGCGUCCAUCCAAGUAGAGGGGGAUGCACUCUUGAAUCGAUGUCGAUUCCACAAAAAGGGCUUUCACUUGUCUGUCGGUGGUGAUGAUGGUCGAGUACGCCUCUUCGAACUGCACGAGAGUCUGGCAAUGCCAAAAGCAGACGAACAUAUUCAGUUAAACCGUUUGGUAAGAAAGCUUUCAAACUCCGCGGCUGAGGAAUACGAAGUACAGAACCAUGCCUGGUGGCACGGCCACGUCCGCUAA